AUGGCCCGAUUGAAAAUUCUACUGUCUGAAUUCGACAUAACCUAUGUGAAUCAAAAGGCCGUAAAAGGAAGCACUAUAGCAGAUUUUCUAGCUAGUAGAGCUCUAGAAGAUUAUGAACCUUUGAACUUUGACUUACGAAAUGAGGAUCUGAUGUUUGUGGCAACUACUAAGGCAAACACACAAGAAGGCAAUGCUUGGAAAUCAAACUUUGACAGAGCCUCAAAUGCUGUGGGUAACGGGAUCGGGGCAAUCUUAGUAUCUCCACACGAUGAUUAUUAUCCGUUCACUAGGAAAAUAGAUUUUGAUUGCACAAACAACAUGGCGGAGUAUGAGGCAUGUAUCAUGGGAAUCCGUGCGGCAAUAGAACACAAAAUCAAGUUUGACGACAUCACCUUCUGUUAUCUCCCACGAGAUGAGAAUCAGAUGGCCGAUGCUUUGGCUACAUUGGCUUCCAUGAUCAAAGUAAAUAAACAAGAUGAUGUGAAGCCUAUCCAAAUGAGCAUUUAUGAGACUCCAGCCCACUGUUGCAACAUUGACGAGGAAGAAGAAAAAGACGACCACCCUUGGUAA